GCCGACAGCUGUGAGGUAGGUGCAUGCGCCCUCUCAUACCUAUGCUUCCUUCCGCUGGCCCUCAAAACCCUCCACAACUUCCCCCAAACUCUUGAACCUCGCUCUCCAAACUAUUGAGGCCACAGAAUUGAGGAUUUCGUCCGCCACAACUCUUUGCGAGUGGUCUACCAUUUAAAGGAACGCCGCCUGUUCCGAUUUUGCAUUCAUCGUCAUCGGCAUCGCCACUUCUUCCACCACUGAGUAACAGCUACCGAGUCCCGCCAUGAAUCAACAGGCUGUUCUAGAUGGCUCAAAUCCGGUUGAUUUGUUCACCUCGUUGCCACUGGAACUGAAACGAGAGAUCUGCGAAUAUCUCUGCGACCAUUGCAAGACCACGAUCCCCCAGCACGAGGCAUUCAAACCUCGUUAUGCACCGCUGGCGAGUCUAUGCCUUGCAUCUCGAGCACUUAGAGAUGCUGCAGAGCCAGUUUUGUACCAUUUAUUCUUCUACCAGUACGGUCAGCGACAAGAACGGUUGGAACCAUUCUCAAAGACUCUACUCCAAGGACCCGAUUUGGCAGCUCAUAUUCGGCGCAUCCGCUAUGAACCGGAGCCUUGGGAUGACUAUAAUGACGAGAGUGAAGCACUUGAAGGCUCCCUCGAAACCACCUCGGCAAUUGAAAAUUUGAGACUUCAUCGCUCUUUAUUCGACCUAGUAUUAUCACGGGCGGAAAACUUGGAAGAGUUGUCUAUCCAAAUCGAAGGAGGCUGGCGUAUGCCUCUCGUCGACCUCCCUCGAUUGAGGGAUCUACAUCUCCAGCAACCUGAACUUUGGACACCGCCGAGUCUAACGUAUCCCAAAGGUGAAAGGGGAUUAAAUACUGCACCGCUGCUUGAACGACUGUGGUUAGAUAAGUGGAGCCUGUUUGACGUCGCUCACCAUGAUCUCCUUGAUCUUGUAUCUCACGUUCACAAGCUCAGUAUUCAACCAGAUUCCGAAGGCUAUGGCAGCCUUGAGGAUAACAUUAAAAUAAUUGUAAAAGCGCUGCCAAAGCUUACUAGCUUUGACUUCUUCGACGAACAUUUAGGGGUGACUCCACAAUUCGAGCUCUUGUCACGCCUUCUUGUGCGAAAGGACUCCCUGACGGAUAUUUACAUCGAGACGGAUGUUUUAUAUAUCGACCUUGAUUUGAUCAGCCGCUUCGCAAACCUCAAACACCUCAGACUCGACUGUGAUAUGGUAUUUACGCUUGGGGCGGAGAAUGAGUAUAAGAUACUUUCUUCAACGUUGGGGGUGCACCGUUUACCUCUUCCCUAUUCAUUGGAGACGUUGUGGAUUUGUCCCACUCAAGAAUCAAGUGUCUGGAUCCUUGUCUGGUUGAGCCUGAGCCUGUCUCAGUACGUGAACCUCGAAUAUGUGCGAUGCAUUUCAGGAAGGUGGGACGGAGAUCGAGCAUUCCAGGAUGAGAUGACUCAAAUGUUGAAAGAGGAGUGCGUGGAGGAAAACUUUCGGAAGGCAAACGUGAGGUUUGAUGAAGUCAACUGUGUAGGAUCCUGCCGUUCUUUGGUUGAGUCCGUUUUAUAGGAUCCUGACAGCACUGAAAUAUGGAGGCGAAACACGAAUCUUUUGCUACCGGUUGAUAAGGAACUCAUCAAGGCGGAACAGCAUUGUAAUUUGCGGAUAUUGAGUGCCGGGAAUUGGAACCAGAUUGAUGUGUGCUACGAAGACGAACGGUGGAGGGGAUUUGUACAUAACUCUGGUAGGACUGCCAAAGUUAAAAUACGUCACGGAAGUCCGAUCGCGGUUUCACAUUUUUCGUCUAAGAUAUUGAACAAC